CUUCCACUGCCUUCCCUUCCAAACUGUCGCCACUUUCCCGCCUCGAUUUCCACGCGCCGCCGUGAAAUUAGCCUCCACAUUAUGCCCAUUCCGUCUAAUUUCGUCAUUUCCUGCAUCCUACUCGCCGCGGCGGCCUGCGCGGCGGCGGCGGGGAACCAGCGUUGGACUCCGGCGACGGCGACGUGGUACGGGAGCCCCGAGGGCGACGGCAGCGACGGCGGCGCGUGCGGAUACGGAUCGCUGGUGGACGUGAAGCCGUUCCGCGCGCGGGUGGGGGCGGUGAGCCCCGUGCUGUUCAAGGGCGGCGAGGGCUGCGGCGCCUGCUACAAGGUGCGCUGCCUCGACCGCUCGAUCUGCUCGCGCCGCGCCGUCACGGUCAUCAUCACCGACGAGUGCCCCGGCGGAUACUGCUCCGGCGGCCGCACGCACUUCGACCUCAGCGGCGCCGCCUUCGGCAGGAUGGCCGUCUCCGGCAACGGCGGCAAGCUCCGCAACCGCGGCGAGAUCCCCGUCAUCUUCCGAAGGACUCCGUGCAAGUAUCCGGGAAAAAACAUUGCGUUUCACGUUAACGAAGGAUCGACCAAUUAUUGGUUGUCUUUGCUAGUCGAGUUUGAGGGUGGAGAUGGUGAUGUUGGAUCCAUGCACAUUAGGGAGGCUAACUCGAACCAAUGGGUUGAGAUGCACCACAUUUGGGGUGCGACUUGGUGUAUCAUAGCCGGCCCUCUACAAGGGCCGUUCUCUGUCAAGCUCACAACUCUAUCUUCAGGAAAAUCCUUGUCCGCGAGGGAUGUGAUCCCCCGGAACUGGGCUCCGAAGGCUACCUACACCUCCCGGCUCAAUUUUAACAAUUGAUAUCGUACUAACUUUUAUGUCAAAUUUAGGUAAAGUCCAUAUUUUAAUAUUUCAGUAUCUAAAAUUAAGUGUGUGAUUCUUAUUCCUUCAAAGAAAAGGUAGCCGAUAAAAGUUACAACACCCAUGGCUAACUUUUUCUUUCUUUGCCCAUCUUUAGACGGGCAAUUAAGCCUUCAUUGUAUAUUAUGUACCAAUUUCGUGGUUUAUUCGAUCUGCUUGUACUGGUUUUGUAGUACGAUAGCAUGAAUCGAUAAAAUAAAACACGAAAUGGAGAAGGAGAAAGGAUCAGAAUAUCUUGUGUGAUUUUCUAGAAGUUUUUAUUUUUAUUUUUUUCCUCUAAUGUGUGUAGUGUGUGAAGCAUCAUAAGUGUUUUAACUUUUAAGUGUAUGUAGUAGCCCUCUCCAAAGGAGAGAGUGCGGUUGGAAGUGGGGUUUUAGAUAUGAAUCUACUUUGUGAGUGGUGCUCUUUUACAUUGAGUGAGGGCACAAUUUAUGGUUGUAUGUUGUGACAUUACAAUAUAAUAUCAAUAUAGUGAUAUUUGUUUUA